AGACGCCUGGCAUUGAGCCUCUGUUCGCCUUUCCCCCUUCCAGUGGGGUACCGAGACAGCAUGACGACGGAGACCUUCGUGAAGGAUAUCAAGCCAGGGCUCAAAAAUCUGAACCUCAUCUUCAUUGUGCUGGAAACAGGCCGAGUUACAAAGACAAAGGAUGGACACGAAGUUCGGACCUGCAAGGUGGCUGACAAAACUGGCAGCAUCAACAUCUCUGUCUGGGACGAUGUGGGUAACUUGAUCCAGCCUGGGGACAUUAUCCGGCUCACAAAAGGGUACGCUUCAGUGUUCAAAGGUUGUCUGACAUUAUACACUGGCCGUGGUGGUGAUCUACAGAAAAUUGGAGAAUUCUGUAUGGUUUAUUCUGAGGUUCCUAACUUUAGUGAGCCGAACCCAGAGUACAGCUCCCAGCAGGCACCCAACAAGGCGGUGCAGAAUGACAGCAAUCCUGCUACCCCCCAACCCACCACUGGACCGCCUGCCACUUCUCCAGCCUCUGAGAGCCAGAAUGGGAACGGACUGAGCCCCUUACCAGGUCCUGGUGGUGGUCCGCACCCCCCUCAUGCUCCCUCCCACCCACCCAGCACUCGAAUCACCCGCAGCCAGCCCAACCACACAUCUGCUGGCCCGCCUGGCUCCACCAGCAACUCUGUCAGUAACGGCAAGGAAACCCGAAGGAGCAGCAAAAGAUAG